ACUUGAGUAUUUAUCUCACUGAGGAAUUUGCUGCCUGACAUCAAUUUGCAGAGGUGUACAGGAUGUACAUUUUUAGCAGUGGGGUAGCAGUUGCAGGCCGCUUUGAUGUUUUUCGAUCGGUGGAGUUUGAAACAACGGUGCAAUAGAGUUUGGUCAGGAUUCUGCCUCGUCUUUUUGAAAGCCUACAUGAGUUUCCACCUUCAGUUUUUGUUUGUACACCCUCAACUGCAGUCAGUUCCCCCAGUGAAGGCAACUUUAUUCUCAUGGUACAGUAACGCAAAACCCCUCCUCCCACCCACACGCUCAGAGGUUUUGCAUCAAGCUCUGUCAGAUGUGCAGAUAGGCAGGCAGGCAGCGACAGGAUGAGUCUGAGCAGAAGACCACCUCACACAUGAUAAGAUGGAAAUGUGGCUGACACAGUCAAGUCUGGUGCUGCUCGCAGUGGCAGUCGGGGCCGUGGUGGUGUCAGGCCAAGAAUAUGUGAUUCUGGUUGGGGAAAAGAGUAAAGAAGAGGUUGCUUUUGGUUCCUCUUUGGUUUUGCGCUGCUUUUUGAACACAACUAUUUCUGAGAGCUUUUGGGUGCGCUGGCAUUUUAACGCCUCUGGAUCUUCAUUCAGCGACUAUAGCAACAUCUCUCAGAAGUCUUUUGACAACAAGACAACAAAGGAAAUCUUGAGGGAUGAACAUGGAAACAUUCUAGCAGAACAUGUUAUACCAAAUGUUACACUUGAAAACAGCGGCUGGUACAUUUGUAAAGUCACAGCACGGAUUCCCCUUUAUCACGAGUAUAUCAGCAAUGGAACACAAGUGGUUAUUAAGAAGAGCGUGGAUAAUACAACAUACCGCAAUAAACAAGCAAUUCCCCCACAAGACCACCAGACUGUGGACCAGUGGAUGUGGAUCCUGCUGGGGGUUUCUGUUUUCACCCUGAUUGUCCUGCUGCUCACAUACUUCUGGCUGAGAAGAAGAUGCCGUGGAAGCAGAGAUGAUCCUAUCUAUGCCAACACUCGUCCUGUGGCCGGCAAACAGCCCUCUCCUCGGCCUGGGAUGCCCGUGGACAAACUGAAGACUGUCCCCUCCUCCCAAAACUUCAAAAGAUACGAGGAAGGCAAACGGAGGCACAAACCGUGAAGAAGUCACGGAGCUUCUUAUUUUCAACAAGUUUAAACUUUUUAGCUUUAAGUGGGCAUUUAUAUCUUAUUUUAUGUUUUUUUCCCCCAGUAUAUUUUAUAUAAUAGCUAUUAUAAGCCACUAGAUGGCAGAUGGUGCAUACUGUAAAAAGGGGCAUUCAAAGUGGUUAUUUCCCCCCCCUUUUAGUGUUUCUACACCUUUUAAUAUUUGAAUGUGUUGCCAACAAUAUUUUUUGUGGUAAAUAAUAAUGAGGUGGCAAAUUAUUUUUGUGAAUUGUGAGGUGAUGGAGCUGACAUGUUAAUGUUUUCAUGAACUGUAUUCUUAUUGUUGGUAUUUAUAUUAAAAUUUAAGAUGCUGCAAAUGCA